AUGUUUAAUCAUUUGGUUUGCAUGACAUUAUCUAUUUAUCCCAGCCAGCUCAUAUCUGUCUCUAGAUAUUUGCUUGUUUCUCUACGUCCAUUUUCAUGUCUAUCCCAUUCUGUUUUACUUCUAUAUAUCUAUAUCUUUUAUCUUCUUUUUCUAUCUCUGUAUCUUGAUUGCUAUCUCUCUCAUUUUGUCAUUACGUUCAUACCUAACUUAGUUUGGUCAUAUCUAUGUUAUUCCGUUAGCUAUCUCUGUUCAUUUCUCUCUCUCUCUGUUCAUUACUAUCUCUCUCCUUCGGUCCAUGUCUCUUUCACUUUCAUCAUGUCUGUCUCCUUGUCUCUUCAUAUCUCUCUUUUUCUUUCCCUCUCUCUUGGUUCAUGUCUCUCUCCUUCGGUCCAUCAAUUUACUCUUUGUUCUCUUUUACUUAUUUCGUCCAUUUUGCUGCUUCCAUUUUUUUUUUCAUUCUUUUCUUUCUUUCUCCUGUUUAGCUUUUUAUCUUUCUCCUUUCUUUCUUUCUUCUAUUUCACUGCUUUCAUUUUUAUUUCCUUUCUUUUUCUUUUAAUUUAUUCCAUCACUUACUUUUUUCUCUUAUUCUUUUUUCUUUCCCUGGUUUCAUUCAGCCCUUUUUCUUUUUUUUUUUUCUUUCCUUCAUUUUCUUGCUUUCAUUUUGUUUUUUUUUCUUCCUUUACUUUUUUCUUUCAUUCCUUCUUUAUUUUUUCUGAUUUAUUUUUGAUACUUCUUUCUUUCUACUUCCUCUCUUUUCCUUUUUCAAAUUUUUCUUCCUUUACUUUUUCCUUAUUUAUUUUUUUUUUCUUAACUUUUUAA